AUGCUCAACUCGAGCCAGAAUGAUAUCAGGGAGGAAAAAGUGCCAAGAAACAUUCAGGGGUUAUGUUUGCCGAUGCUUGAACAGAUAAUUUCUUUUCGAUAUGAGGCCCAUUUGUUGAACAGCGUUCGCAUUAUCUCGACAGCAGCCCACAGCAGCUUUAAUCUGAGUGUAAUAAUGUUCUUGGCCGGGGCUUUGACAGGUCUAGACUGCUGGGACACGAGACAAGAAAUACAACCGUCAUCCGCUGCUGCAGAAGAACUGUACGAGCUGUAUGUCACCAAGUUUGAGAAAAUGGAGACAGGAGUAGAUGUGUUCAGCAGACCUGCACGAGUCUGUUUUCGCCAUUUCCUCUAUAGGAAAGCAGAGUACCUGAGCGUGUUUGUGAGGGUUGAGACGACAACAGUGCGGGGGCAGCUGAUGGGCGGACAGGUCAGCGUCUACAGAGCGGUGGCAUUUCUCUAA